AUGAAAGAGGGGAAAAAAGAUGGUGAAAGUAAUGUGCAAUAUAUUCCGCUGGUUGAUGGUGGCUGGGGGUGGGUUGUUGUCCUUGGCUCAUUUUUCAUCCAUGUUUUCGCCGAUGGUAUCGUUUAUUCAUUUGGCAUUGUUCUCGAAAUUAUCAUGAAGGAAUUCGGUGCAAGCAAUGCUAAAGCAUCGGUGAUAAUUUCAUUAUUAACGGGUUUAACUCUCGGAGUAGGUCCUAUAGCAAGUGCAAUAACAAAUAAGUUUGGAUGUCGGGUGACGACAAUUCUGGGAUCACUGAUUGCAGCCGUGGGCUGUGCUACAUCGUUCUAUGCAACUUCGGUAGAAUAUUUGAUGGGUUCGGUUGGUUGUAUGAUGGGUUUGGGAUUCGGUUUGAUGUAUUGUCCGGCUAUUGUCAUUGUUACCAUGUAUUUCGAAAAGAAAAGAGCUAUGGCUACCGGUAUAGCGGUAUCUGGCGCUGGUGUUGGUACCGUCCUGUUUGCGCCGAUCAGUGAAGCACUUAUCAAAGUUUCCUGGAGAACGGUUUUUGCAGUCCAUGCAGUAAUUGUAUUAAUGUGUUCCUUAUGUGGUGCCACUUUCCGACCGUUGACAUUUGUUGCUGUAGAAGAUGAAAGGAGAAAAAAGAAAGUCCUCAACGGAGAUGAGAAAAAUGGAUCCGUAAAAAUGGAUGAAGAAAGUGCGCCAUUAUCAACCAUAUUGCUUUCUUCGCAUAACCAUCAAAAUAUCAUUGACAUGAAAGAAAGGAACGGGAAAUUGGAACAGUCAGAAUCGUUGAAAAGAGAUAUUUCACGUCGAAGAAGUCGAGGAGUUUCUGAAUCCACAGGAUUUAUCACUGUUAAAGAUGUGUUCUACACAGGUUCAAUGAACGAAUUACCACAAGUUGAAUGGCACCGAUCGCUUGCAUCCCUCAAUAUGAAGGACGAUAAGUUGAAGAGUGUGGAAGAAAUGGUGAUGAAUCAGGAAGAGGAGGAAAAAGUUAACAGAGCAAGAGAAAUUUUGAGAACAAUAGAGAAAAUGACGGAUAUCUCGUUAUUUGCCAAUCCAAUAUUUCUUCUCUAUGCAAUUUCAAAUCUGUUGACAAGCAUCGCAUUUAAUUCCCCUCUUGUUUUCUUGCCCUCACAUGCAACCAAUCUUGGUUUAACCCCUGCUCAAUCUGCAAGCGUUAUUAGUGCAUUCGGUUUUAUGAAUACAAUUGGACGGCUUUUGAUUGGAUUAAUAUCUGAUCGUAAAUUGCCGUGUAAAUAUGGGAAAAAUACGGCACAAAAUAGAUUAUGGACCUAUAUAUUAUCGUUAAGUAUAUGUGGUUUAUUAACUGUGGGCGUACUCUUUUGCCAUAGCUACAUAACUUUAGCUAUGUAUUCCGGUUUAUUUGGAUUAACGUUAUCAUCCUACGUAUGCCUUACGUCAGUAUUGCUUGUCGACUUAAUUGGUAUUGAGAAAUUGACUAAUGCAUUUGGUUUAAUUCUACUUUUCCAAGGUAUUGGUACCAUUAUAGGACCUCCUAUAUCUGGACAACUAGCCGACUUAACUGGUUCCUACAACAUGUCAUUUGUAUUCUGUGGUGUAGCACUUCUAAUUUCGGGUUUGAUGUUAGUAUUCGUGCCACAAAUCCAACGAAAGCGAACGGUAAAUAUGUAA